AUGACAGAAGUAGCUGAACCAGUGCAGUUACUUCAUCAAAAAACCGAUUUAUUCGUGGAACUGGUGCAAGUUUUGAAGGAUCAAAUAUCACAAAAGGUAUCAAAAGCAGCCCUUCAGACACUAAUUAUCCUCUGUCCAUGUGGAAGAAACAGAAUCAAAGGUGUUGAAGCAGGAACAGUUCCUGUCUUAAUAGAGCUUCUGUUAGAGAAUUGCAAAGACAGAAAACCAAAUGAAAUGAUGUUGGUUUUAUUGGAAUGUCUCUGUCAGUGUGCAGAAGGAAGAGCUGAACUUCUGAGACAUGGUGCAGGAAUGGCUGUUGUAUCUGCGAUCCGCGAUGAAAUAAACGAUGUCGAGAUAAUCUACAAACCGCUUUCUGAUAUGCUCGAAUGCGUAGGCGAAGCGGAUGUAGUUUUCACAAGCACGGCAUCAGAGAAUCCUUUGAUUUUAAAACAACAUGUUAAGGAACUUCCUUUCGCAAGCGAAGAAAUGGGACGAAAGCGCCUCUUCGUCGAUAUUUCUGUUCCGAGGAACGUAGGUUCGUGCGUCGAUGACCUCGAAUCAGUCAAAGUUUACAAUGUCGACAACCUUAAAGAGGUAGUGGCUGCUAACAAAGAGGACAGACUAAGAAAAGCAAUGGAAGCACAAGUGAUCAUCGGCGAAGAAUCGGGCCAAUUCGAAGCAUGGAGAGACUCGUUAGAAACUGUUCCUACUAUCAAGAAACUGAGAGCUUAUGCUGAAAGGUUAAGGAUUGCUGAGGUUGAGAAAUGUUUAGGUAAAAUGAGUGAUGAGGAUAUAAAUAAGAAGACACAAAAAGCAGUGGAUGAUCUUGGUAGAGGUAUGGUGAAUAAAAUGCUUCAUGGUCCAAUGCAACAUUUGAGAUGUGAUGGGAGUGAUAGUAGGACUUUGAGUGAAACACUUGAGAAUAUGCAUGCUUUGAAUAGAAUGUUUGGUCUUGAAACUGAGGUUUCUGUUUUGGAGCAGAAGAUUAGAGCUAAAGUGGAGCAAAAACCAUAG